AUGACGACCGUCCUACAGGCUCCCCUAUCUGGAGCCUCUCAUUUUUCUUCGAGUCCUUUGCAUUCAUCCUCAUAUCCUGACCUUGCCUCUUUAAAAAAUUCCUUAUCCUUCGGCCAAAAUCAUAACCAACAGUCUUCCUUACCCCAUCGCCACUAUGCCAGGACCUUUCCAGAUUCCGCGCCCUCUACCGCACCGUCCUCACCACAAUUGACCUACUCCUCCAGGCGGGAUUCCUACGCUUCCACUCCCGACAGUAGUCUAUCCUUGGAUCAGAGAGACAAUAUUGACGAGGAUGACGAUAUGGCGUUUCCUGCCUUUGAACCUCCUGCGCUCCCUCCCAAGCCAAUUCGACCAACCCCACCCUCCAUUGAACCAGAGGAUAAUACGACUCAAAUUCCCAGUCCCGCCGUUGAGGAUUUGUUACUGUCCAGGAAGACUACGCAGGAUGAUCAUGCCAUAGAACCGGAACCCACCAGACAUGUGGACUAUCUCUCACAUGAGUGGAUCGAAGAAGAUAUCUGGUUGUCGUGGAGCUAUGUCGUCCACAGACGGGGAGGUCUAACCAACGGUACUCGGCUUGAAAAUGCGUCAUGGAGGUCUUGGAUGAAGGCCAAAAACCGCCUGAAAACUGUGUCACCCGAAACUCUCAAUUGGCUCAAGGACUGUGAUGUGACUUGGUUAUAUGGCCCCCUGCAGACAAGCAGAAGUACAGCCCAGUCGACAGGGAAUACGUCUCCAGUGAACGGCCGAUUGUCUCACUCGUCAUCUUUCAUUUCCAAGAAGCCAAUUCUGAAAAAGAAGUCGGCGUCUGCUGCUAUUCUAGAGAGAUCCAGGUCCCAACAUUCUCUAUUGCAAAGGGCGGGUGAUAUAAUAAGAGUGCAGCAAUCGAGCCCCGGCCACGGCCGUCCAAUCCUCCGGAGAGGCAACUCUGAACUUGUGUUACCUCGAUAUUCCACCACGUCGGUGGCCAACACUCCGGCUGAGCAUGAUCUAUUUGGGUAUAGAGCACCCCACUCGUCAUUUACGUUUGUGGAUAUUCCCACUCCCUCUGAAUGCAAGCACGUCCUCUUCGAUGAAGAAGUCAGACAGGUGCAAGCCAUCGAUUCCGAAGAGGAUGACAAGCCAGACGAGGAGGAGGAAACGGCCAUCUUCGAGGAUGACGAAGAUGAUGACGGGGGCUUGAUGAUGGCCCCAUCCUUACGAUCUGGUCGUUGUAGCACACCUCGUGGCAGCUUCAGCAAUGAGUCAAAGACCAUCGUGCCGUUGCCAUCCACCACACUCAAGUAUAGGACGGAUACCCCUGAACCCCCCGAGAUCUCCAACGGACAGAUUGGCUUGUGGCCCAAUGGACGAAAGCUUUCUCCUUCACCAUCUCAGGAGACUUUGAGACCUCCAAGACCGAGUCAGAAUUUCCUUAUUGAUGACGACCCGGAAGUCGUUGACGAGCCGUGGCAUCCCCAAUCGACAUUAGGUGGGGACCGUUCCCCUUACGAGGAGGAGGAGGAGGAAGAAGACGACGACUCCUCCUCCUCCUCUCAUCCCCACCUGAGAAGAACCGAAUCUGGUAUGUUUAUGCCGUAUGAUGAGAACGAAGAAGAAGCUGCCAUGAAUAGUACUCUUUUUGGACAAGCGAUGUACACAGUCAACACGUUCCGAGAUAUUGCCCACGUGAUAUGGAAUGUGGGUUGGAGCCGAAAAUGA